GCGGCGGCGGCGGCGGCUGCGGGCUGAGCGCGGGGUGCAGGCGAUCGCCGUCGGGGCUCGGGCGGCGGCAGUGGGCGCAGGCUCCCCGGUGCCCGCCCCUCCGCUUGGAGGGGGGGGCGCGAGCGGGCGGCCGGGGGGGGGGGGGGGCCGGCCCCGCCGCCGCAAAAUGAGCCUGCUGUCGGCCAUCGACACGAGCGCCGCCUCGGUGUACCAGCCGACCCAGCUGCUCAACUGGGUCUACCUGUCGCUGCAGGACACGCACCAGGCGAGCGCCUUCGAUGCCUUCCGGCCCGAGCCGCCCGCCGGCGCCGCGCCCCCAGAGCUGGCCUUCGGCAAGGGCCGCCCGGAGCAGCUGGGCUCGCCCCUGCACUCCAGCUAUCUCAACAGCUUCUUCCAGCUGCAGCGCGGAGAGGCGCUGAGCAGCAGUGUCUACAAGAGUGCCUCGCCCUACGGCUCCCUCAACAACAUCGCCGACGGCCUCAGCUCCCUCACCGAGCACUUCUCCGACCUGACCCUCACCCCCGAGACCCGCAAGCCCAGCAAGCGGCCCCCGCCCAACUACCUGUGCCACCUGUGCUUCAACAAAGGACACUACAUCAAGGACUGCCCCCAGGCACGCCCCAAAGGUGAGGGUCUGACCCCGUACCAGGGCAAAAAGCGCUGCUUUGGCGAGUACAAGUGUCCCAAGUGCAAGAGAAAAUGGAUGAGUGGGAACUCCUGGGCCAACAUGGGGCAGGAGUGCAUCAAGUGCCACAUCAACGUGUACCCGCACAAGCAGUAUAUUCACAGAUAUAUGCAACCAUCAGAACACUCAGCAUGGAACCAAGACUUUCUCGCACAUGAAUAUGACUCAUGGCCUCCAAAAGCUGUUCACUGAGAAAUAUUCUCCAGCCUGGGCCCACCCAAGCCAGACCUCCUGAUGACAAACAAAGAGCCAAGGGCACCACCAUGGGAACGCGUCCCCUUGAAGGCCCCUCCAUCAGCUGAGGCUUUGGGAAGCAGCUAUGGAAGAGCACAGCUGCCCGCCAGCCCCACGAAGCUUGGGCUGAACAGACUGUGCCACCCACUGCCCAAGAGUUAUCAGCUGAACUCCUCAAGUGAAGCAUCUUUUACAAGAAUCUUUUACUCCAGAUUCCCGGAGUAUCCAAGCAAAAAAUAUUUCAGCAAGUCAACAAUGACCCUAGGGGACUUCCCUGGUGGCACAGUGCUCAAGAAUCUGCUUGUCAGUGCAAGGGACACAGGUUCGACCUCUGAUCUGGAAAGACCCCACAUGCCACAGAGCAGCUAAGCCUGUGUGUCACAACUACUGAGGCUGCACUCUAGAGCCCAUGAGCCACAACUACUGUGCCCGUGUGCCACAACUACUGAAGCCCUUGUGCCUAGAGCCCAAGCUCCACAACAAGAGAAGCCGCCACGGUGAGAAACCCAAGUACCACGAUGAAGAGGAGCCCCCGCUCACCACAACUAGAGAAAGCCCGCACACAACAACAAAGACCCAACGCAGCCUAAAUAAAUAAAUAAUAUAUAAAUAAAUAAAUAAAUAAACUUUAAAAA